AUAUCUGAUCAAAUUUUCGAGAUUUUUGAAACUUUUAUGAAGUGGGUUGUAUUUAAAUCUCUUUGAGGAUUUGCAAUUGCUUUGAAUUUUUGAGGAUUUGCGUUUUGCGGAAGAUGGGAUUGGAAAGCUUUCCUUUGAAUGAUUAAAGUUCUUUGAUUCUCAGUUGCUUUGAUCUUUUGGGUGUUUUGGGUUUUGCUGAAAGGUGAUGGAAGUGCUGAAAUUCUUUGAAUUUUUGAGUUGCUGUGAUGUUUCAAGGAUUUUUGGGUUUACGAAAAUGCGAGGGAGGCACUGGUUGGCUGACUGAAAUUCUUCGAAUUUUUCAGUUGUUUUGGUCUCUUGAGGAUUUUGGUUUUGCAUAACACAUGAUAAAGUUGAUGGGGUCUUUUGAGAAGUUCUGUUCUCAGAAUAUGUUAUGAAGACACAUUCUUGCAUUGCAGAAAUGGGAACAGAAGAAUCAAUAUCAGAGGGGCGUGAAGGUGGUGCAUGCCAUGAAAUUCCUGGCCAUCCAAAUCAAAAGGUUGAUGGUUCGGCUGGAAUAAUUGAAGAGAUGUCACCCAUUCACAACUCGAGGCAGCCCAACCUCUUCUUACAGAUACCCUCAAGAACCGUUGGGGAUUCUCCUCUGAAUUUUGUGGGAAUAAACAUGCCACGGACACCAAGUCCCACUUCCAUGAAAGUAAAAUUUACCCCAAUGCCUAGUCCUACUUCCACGAGAUUUAAUGUGUCCCCUGGGCCAUCCUCAUCUAAAGGCAAGCCAUCCUUGAAAAAUCUCCUACCACGAGUAAGCUUCAAGUCCCGGGCCUCAACUACAGAUAUCGAGAAGGCUGCCAUUCUUGCUCUAGGUGCUUCAUCAGCAGGAUCUCGGGAGCGGCCUCUCAUCUCAAGGUCGUUUUCUCUUUCAAAGAUGUUUACGCCCUCAAUAAAAAGGACGUCAUCUCUACCAGUUACGCCUGUUGUGCAUUCAAAUCCUGAAUCUAUGCAUGGGAGUAGCACAGUUGAGCAGCUGACUCCAACUAAAAAAGGGGUCCAGCGGCAUAUAUCCCGUUCACUUUCAGUGCCUCUCAAUAACAAAACUAGAGGCAUCAGGCGGAUGGAUUCCUUGGGUGGAGUAAUUCGUGUAAUUCCUUCAACUCCACGUGUAAUAGAAGGGAGCGGGACCACAUCAAAUACAAGCCCAACAACAGAUGCUGAGAAUAACGAUGACGGUGAAGACAUUCCUGAAGAAGAGGCUGUCUGUAGAAUUUGUAUGAUUGAACUGCGCGAAGGGGGUGAUACUCUCAAAAUGGAAUGUAACUGCAAAGGUGAACUCGCAUUAGCCCACCAAGAAUGUGCAGUGAAAUGGUUUAGCCUCAAAGGCAACAAGAAUUGCGAAGUGUGCAAGGAAGAGGUUCGGAACCUACCUGUUACUCUAUUACGGAUACAAAGUAUUCAGAGCAUUACUACACAAACAGGUCACAGAGCUCGGCAAAUGGUCGAUCAACGCUACAGGAUUUGGCAGGACGUGCCUGUUCUCGUUAUUGUCGGAAUGCUUGCCUACUUUUGCUUUCUUGAACAGCUCUUGGUGGGUGAAAUGGGUUCCAGUGCUAUUGCUAUAGCUUUGCCAUUCUCGUGUGUUUUGGGUCUCCUUGCAUCCAUGACAGCAUCUACAAUGGUGAAGAAGAGAUACGUCUGGGUCUACGCAUCUAUUCAGUUCGCCUUGGUGGUUCUCUUCGCCCAUCUGUUCUACUCAUUGCUUCACGUGAAACCUGUUCUCUCUGUCCUCCUAGCCACAUUCGCCGGAUUUGGUGUUGCAAUGUGUGGGAACUGUAUUGUAAUGGAGUUCUUGAGGUGGAGGAGAAGGUGGCGUGUCUGCUUAGAGCUCCGCCACCGCAAUUCUCAAGAAACAGAGCAGUCCGCUCAAUCAUUGGAGAAUUCCAAUCAACCCCAGAUGAGCCGUGACAGCGAUAACAACGGAAGCAAUCCCGAAAGUUCUGCUUCUCCUCGAGCAGGUGGAAUCAACAUGGUGUAGUAACAGGAGUCGGUGGUUGCAUAAGAGAGUGGCCUUGGGUGUAUAAAAUAUUUGAUGUUUAAGAAGGAACAUUGAUAAACUUCUGUUGUAUUCUCAGUCCAUUGAUUAGUGACCGCCAGUAGCUUCAGCUGCUGGUAUUUGAAA